GACGGACUUGUUUGCAAAUGAUGCACCAUAGCCGCUCAACUGUUUGAAUUCCGUGCUCCUUCCCUAACAUGACGCCUCACGAGGCUAACAAGCGGAAAGCCUGCAAAGCAUGCACCACAGCAAAAGCGAAGUGUUCGCCAUAUGAAAGAAGGGAAGACCUGUGUCAGCGGUGCGAGCGGCUAGACAAGGAGUGUGUCUACGAAGAGUCGCAGAGGAAACGGGGUCCACGAACGCGCUCGCGCAUGAAACAGCUAGAGCAGCGAGUUGAGAGCCUCAUGGACAUGCUCGCAUCAAACGGCCAAACGCCCACCAGAUCGUCAAUGAGCGACAAUACUACGCCAGUCGCCUUGAUAAAUUCCAACAAUGUCCCAAACAUUGCAGCAAACCAAGUCGACCCUAAUCGGCCCUCUAGAGAAACACCUAAACCGACUUCACCAGAUGCAGAUGUUUUUACAGCUUACGACCCGAUAAAAGCCGGGAUUCUCAACGAAGACCAAGCUGACGAAUUGCUGAACGACUUUCGAGAUUCCUUUACGCAGCACUUCCCCUUCGUUGUUGUUGAUGCUUCCAUCAAUGCCAGUACUCUCCGUCUCCAGCAGCCGUUCCUUUUCCUUUCGAUCAUGGCCGCUACGGCAUACAGCACACCCACCAAUCAACGUAUACUAGCCGAAGAGUUCAGAGACCAGGUAGCUAUUCGUAUCAUUGGUCGCGCUCACAAGGGUCUGGAGAUCCUGCAAGGUCUUCUCGUUCAUACUGCUUAUUACCAAUACUUUUACGAACCAGGCAAGCAACAGCUUGCGCUUAUGAUGCAGCUGUGCGUUGCGAUGAUGCAAGAUCUCGGGUUGUCAAAGAACACGCGAAAGCUGCUUGAUACGGAUUCUACGCUAGAGAGGGCUCCGGCAGAGAAGCGUGCUAUACUUGGCACGUACUACCUCGCGGCAGAAUUUGCACACACGUGGCGCAAACGUACAACAAUGCCUUACACGCGUGCUCUCGCUCGUCACUGUCAGUCCUUUGCCGACCGUCCGGAACAUCCUCCAGACGUCCUGAUAGCGCCCCUUGUUCGUUUAAGCGAGUUGAAGUGCCGGAUCAGCGACUAUUUUUCCUAUGAUGAGAUUGAGUUCUCGGAGAUAAAUGGCGACUCGACACUAGAUCUGUCGACCGGCAACUUUCGUAGCGAACUUCAACGACUAGAGGAGUCAUUGCCUGAGGUUGUACGGCAAAACACUACCAUACGUCUAACCUGUGAUGUUCUCGGGGUUUGGAUACAUGAGUGCUCUCUGCACAGCACACUAUGGAACCCAUUACACUCUGUUAAGCCAACAACGAUCACGCCCACCCGAGUCCGCAUGUUACAACGCACAUUCACCGCAUCCCAAACCUUCCUCCAGAACCUACUUAACGCGCCCUCAAAUAUGCUCCACCACUACACCUUUCCGAUCUGGGGAGGCUGGUUCUACUCUACCCUAGUUUUCGUGAAAUUGAUCUUCCUCCACGACAGCGGAGGAAGCGGUGCGUUGGGCAUGGACAAUUUAAUACGCGAGGUAGGCGAUAUACUUCCUCGCACCGAGGGUGAAAGCGUAUCGCAGGAUGUCUGCAUGAUAAAUGCGUUACCAGGCACCGCUUCUUGCGAUUCAAUGCUUGCAGCGAGAGAGGCAGAAGUCAUUAAGCUUUUCCAAGAGUUCGUCAACAAGGCGAUUUUGGCUGCUGCACGAUACACAUGUGAUAGCGGGCCGGAGGGCAAGAGCCUUUUGAGGUUGAUGGCGACGUUACAGCAAGGUUUGUUAGCUGGGAUUAAGAAGAAGAUCGAGAAACAAAAGCCGAGAGUCCCGCCGUAUGCAGUCUCUGGCUUGGACGCUUUUGCUGCGGCGACUGCAACACCACUCAAUGAACAACAGCCCGAUCAGCAAACCCAAGUACAAACAGUGCAUGGUGGCGACCCGGUCAAUUUUAAUCAUUACGAUGACGCAACACUGCUGGAUGGUCCGCAGGUACAAAUCGACGACUGGAUGUGGGACCUAGUUAUGGAAGAUGUCAAUAUGUUUACUAUGUAGCGAUGUUCAUGGGAGAUCUCUGUGGGACUCGCAAACUGCGUGUACGAUGCGCGAUUCAUUUUGAAUGCGUUAGCAGCCAAACAUUGUCAAUCCAGGAGCCAAUCCCUCUUACACCCAAUAGCAUUCCGGGU